AUGGUGUUGGGGUGUCGGUCUGGCGCGGAGAGGGGGGUGUGUAGGUUUUUAGGAGGGGUGGGGGUAGUGUGGUCAGAUGGCGGUGGGGGCGGGUCGCUCGUGACGCGUAGGGAGAGUCGGUCGUGCUUGGGAGGGUGGUGCCUUGGAGGGGGAUCCGUCUUCUUUGUUAGUUUUGUGGUUGGGGUGUUGUUUUGUGUCCCCUCGGGGUUUGUGAGGGACGUAUGCGGGGAGUGCGGCUGUGCGGCAGGAUCGGGGACAGGCUGGGCGGGCGUGGUGGAGGGGGGGAUUAGAGUUGGCAGAUUCGUGUGCGGCUUAUGUGAUGGACCUGGUUGUGGACUUGAGGCGUUGCAGUUUAUAUUUCGUGUUGGCCGUAUGGUCUGUGGGUGGGUGUUUUGGUUGGCGCGGUUGGGGUGGGUGGGUUGGGUGUUGGGGCUGAGGGUGUUAGAGAGGAUGGGGUUGGUGGUUUUGGGCGGGCGGUUCUGGGGCGGGGGUGAUUUGAUCGGUGGGGUGGCGCUUGUUUAUGUGCGUGCGUUGGGGUUCUUGAGUGGGUGCCUAUUGGUUGGGGUUGUGCGAGUUGGUUGUUGGGGCGGGGGUAUAGUAGAUUCGUGGGGUGUUGGGGGCGCGGGGCCGACUGAUGGGGGGUGUGAUGAUGGAGGGGGGGGGACCAGUUUGGAUGGUGUGUGUCGUUGUGUUGGCGGGGGAGUGCGUGGUUUGGUUGCGUCGUGGAGGGGACGUUAUGGUUCCCUUGGAGGGGGGGGGUGUCGGGUGAUUGUGGGUGGUGGUUCUGACCGGCAGUUUGUCGGGGUUGUUCAGCUGGUCUGUGUGUAUCUUUGGUGUGUGGCGCAGUGGUAG